AGCAAUCAAAUUUUGUAUUAGGUAACAAAAAAACACAAAUACUACAACACUUUCUAAUACUUACUUAUCCACUUAGUCUCCAAGAUUGAUGUAAUAAAAAAGAGGCCUUCUCCGGAGAAAUUAUCAAAAUAGAAGAUGUCUUCAUCCUUUGUAUCAAAACCCCUCGUUUCGGUCUAUGUCUUAGCCAUGGUGGCCAUGCAACUCCCUUUUAUGCAAAGUGUUUUGUCCCUAAACCAGACCAAUGAGUAUCUGAACCACAUAUGUAUCAAAGGUGAAGGGACAGCCAAGGGGAGUUCGUACGAAGGAUCAGUCAGACGUGUAAUCGAUCAUAUGUCAACAACUGAUCUUGACUAUGGUUUUGUUAACGGCGCCGGUAGUGAUGGCCCCACUAAAAUCUACGCCAAAAUCCAGUGUCGGGCGGACGCCUCUGAAUCCAAAUGCCGCACUUGCGUCGCCACCGCCUUCUCUGAGAUCCGUAGGAAAUGUCCGAACCACAAAGGGAGAAUAAUAUGGUACGACAACUGUCUUCUCGACAUUUCAUCGAUCUAUACCCUUGGUGAAAUCGAUUACCGACACAUUUUCAAUAUGUACAACACGAAGGAUGUGAGCGGCAAUACAAUGAUGUUUAACAAGAAAACGAGGGCUCUUCUCUAUGCGCUGAAGGAGAAAGCAAUUAGUAAAAAAGAACUACCUUACAGGAGAGACUACUUGUAUUCGGCAGGGGAGGAAAGCCUCGGGACAACAAAAUUAUACGCAAUGGUACAGUGUACGAAGGACUUAACGGCUAAAAAUUGUAGUGUCUGUUUGGACUGGAUUAUGGCGAAGCUUCCCAAAUGCUGCAAUGGUAAACAAGGAGGAAGAGUUUUGACUCCGAGCUGUAAUUUUAGAUACGAGCUUUACCCUUUUGUAAAAACUUAAUACUUUUUAAUGAGAGAAACAUGUUCAUGUACAUUUUCUGUGUUUGAAUGAAUAUUUUGAGCAAAU